AUGGAUGCAGUGAAUUCCAUGAAUUGGGCUGCAAGGCAUGUUCGCAUCUCAGAAGGAACACAAUUGCUGAAGAGCCUUCUGUACGAGCACCAAGACCAGCUAGUACGAGCUGUUGUGAAUGCUCAUGUGAUGGACUUGAUGCAGAACAACAGAUCGAAGAGCAUGUGCCAGCAGUGCUGCAACACAAAGUACUACCGUGGCCUUAGGGGAUCUUUUCCCGAGUUAGACCAGCGCAUCAAGCAGCUUUGUUCAUCAUGGGGUUUGCAUUACAUUGCCUCGUGUCCCGAGAGCAAGAAAUGCUUUCCAGAUCAGAAGAGCACCUUCCUGUACAUCAACCCAGUCUGGGCACCAGAUGCGGCGGAGUGCGAUGGUGUGGAAUCCCGGGGCUAUGUGCACUCGGAGGUGAUCAACGAGCACCCCUCGGAGCUUCCCGACUUCGACCGAAGGAUGUGGGUGGUGGAUCCUUUCUAUGGCUGGCGGACACAGGAUCCGGAGGUCGACUUCGACUUGAGACGAAAGCCUCUCCAUUUGAUGCCCACUUCCGGGUGGACACCGGAGGUCUGCAAGCUGCCCCCGGACGCGACGACGGGCGCGAAGCUCCCGGACGCGCCGCGUCGGUCGGGACGCGAAGCUGUCGGCGACGGGGCGGAAGCAGAUGCUGCGACGGAGGAGCCACCAACUUCAGCCCCUGCCCGCACCUGGAUUCAGUGGCUCACUGGGACUUCUGCCCCGGCGCCUCCCUCCCCUCCGCCGCCCAAACCGCCGCUUCCCAGUGGCCGCCAAAUGAUGCCAAGCAAGCAGGACCCAGUGCCCGAUGAACCGCCGCAGAGGCCUUUGCCCAGUUGGCCAGAGCUGCGUCAGCUUCUUGAACCGGAGAUGAACGCUGCUGGUAUUGCCUGGGAGGAUGUCGAUGAUCAUCUUUGGAAUGACGCGGCCAAGGACGAGAAGCAAACCAGUUUUGGGAGCGAUACUCCUGCUCUUGGGUGCUGCUUUCGUGAGGAGCUACUGUCGGUGGGAGAGCUGAGGCGUGCGGUUCAGAGACCAAAGGAGUUUCCAGACCGCCUCGCACAACUCUCCGCGCGUGUUUCCAACGAGGACACGGUGAAGAUCGAGGCUCUGUUGUCGCCAUCGAAGCGGAAGAAGGCACAGCCACAGACGCCGCCACAGACGCUGCCGCCGCCGCGAGUUCCGCUGCCACCUCAGGAUUCUGCGCCCACGUCUGCGGUACCUGCCGCGCCUGCACGCUUGCCACCGAAGCAGGUCCCACAGGAGCCUGAGAUCACUGCAGGUGGAGUUGCGGAUCCUCUCGCGAAACCAGUCUGGACGCCACAAGAUGAUUCUGCGCCAGCGCCAGAGGAUCUUGAGCAGAAGCCCAAGAAGAAAAAGAAGGACAAGAGCAAGAAGGGGAAGAAGGAAGAAGACGGCUGCCAUGUCUCUUGAGUUGCAGUGGAACCUUGAAGGCGCAGCAUUUUUGUUGACCUCUGCAACGGCACCGCUGCAACGACGGAGUCGCCCGCGGUGGCAGCGGCGGUGCCGUCGCCGGAUGGCCCCGCACCGUGAAGCGGAAUGGCCAACCUGUCUAGCGGGACAUGUUCGGCUUCAUCAGCCGGGGGGUCAAAGAGGCCGGUUCUGGCGUUCUUUGCGUGGGGUUCCGUGAACCACACGAACCUCGGGGCGGGUCGGCCGCUUGGUUGGAUCUUCGUAUCGACUCAGCUGAUGCCGCGAGGGAAGGAUGUACAAAUGUAUCAGCAGCCUUGUGCUUUGUGGCUAA